AUGGAACCUGAACUUGUUCGUUGUGCUUGGCGACUACAUAAAGCAAUACAACAAAAUAUGCCAUACUCGGGGAAAAUAGACGAUUCAAGCCGACGUCUUGUUACGCAAAUAACACUUUCAUAUGACUGGCCCGAUUUCAGUAAGCCUAUACCACAUAUAUCAAAUAUGGACGUCGAGAAAGAUCUGAAGUUCCUUGGGGAUUCAAUUGUCGCAGCACUUCAAAUGUCUCAGACAUCGACUUCCAGAUCUUUUACAGUCACGGUUGAUUCCAAGAAGGAACUCAAGACUGGCUUGUCAACGAAGUUCUACCAAGCAAGGAACAGUUCAAAGAUGCAGUAAAUGAGGGUUUCGACAGUCGAGAGCAGGCUCAAGCCCGAGUGAAAACUCCAGCCCCUCGUCCAGACCGAGCUCCCUUUCGACCUCAAACACCGGUCCAAAGAAUACAAGGAGUAAGCUUUCGUGCUGCUCAAGCACAAGACCCUACAAUAAUUUAGUUCAACCUCAAUUAUAUACCUCUCGACCCGAACUUGAUGCUCGACCACAGGCUGCUGCCCAACCUAAAAUACCUACACGAUCUGCAGUGCUGGCUCGAGCUCACCAAGUCGAACUCCAGAUCAAGGUUAUAAUGCGGUCCCAUAUCAGUUCGAGUAUAAUUACGCCAAUACAGUUGAUUCGUGUGCUACCAAUUACUAUCAUGGACAAGAGGAUGACGAUAUUCCAUUUACGUCUACGAGAAGUUUGGGUAGACACGCAUCCAUUCGCACUUGCUUCUUCGGCACUUCAUUAUGUCUUGAUAGAGAUGGAGAGCGCAUCCUGCUCGAAGAAGGAAAUUGAGGGAAUCAUGUGA